CGAUGACAAAAACUAUAACUUUAUUCGAGAAAACAAAUUGCAGACAUAGGUUUUAAGUUAAAUGAUGGCAGCCUCUGCAAGUGAUAUUGAAGAUUUUCUCAGUGGGCCCCUCGUAAAAUGGUUAUGUACUUGUAUGAGAAAACCUGAAGCUCUACAAGUGUAUGAAUCAUUUUUUGAUGGGGCUCCUAUUAAUGAAGUACUGCUUCAAAUUGAUCCAGAGCCAUCUCUGCCAGUGCCUUCUAUGUUAACUCUGCAAGGUCUAAGUGUAACUGCAGCACGAACAAAAAUCUUCCAUUGCAUUAUCAAAAAUAUCAUGGCAAUUUAUGAGGAUGAAUUGGGUCAAAUUGUUAUUUCGGUACCGGAUUGUGUAGUCUUAGGUAGGACUCCAGCAUCCCAAUCAGCCUUAGACCAAUUGAGGCUUUUGAUUUUGUUGCUAUUAGGAUGUGCUGUGCAGGGACCGACAAAGGAAGUGUUUAUUUCCAAAAUUAAAGAAUUGCCUUUGAAUGAUCAGCAUGAUAUUGUAAAUUGUAUAAAAAAGGUUACCGAUGAUCAAAGCAUAGUUCUCACUUUAGAUUGGGCAGAUCAAGAGCCCCAAAAGUUGUAUUCACACAUUAGAUCGUUAACGGAAGAAAGAAAUAAGUUUUUACAGCAAUGGGUAACGGAUUUGGGCCAAGAAUCGAAUUCUACAGGUUCCACUCAAAAUUUAAAUACUCAAGAGGUGGAAUCGAAUCACCUGGCUGUAGAGUUAGCCGACUGGAAGGCUAAGAUGAGAAAGCAGAGGCAAGAAUUGGAGGAAAAGACUGAAAUUUUAGUGGAAUGUAAAGAAGAGUUGGAACACGCUAAGAAUUUGGUGGCAAAAUUAAAAACGGAGAACACUGACUUGCUAACAGAAGCGAGAAGGGCAAAAUCGUAUAGAGACGAAGUCGAUUCAAUGAGAGAAAAGGUAGAAAGAGCAGACAGACUAGAAAUAGAAGUCCAGAGGUACAGAGAACGACUUGCCGAUGCCGAAUUUUACAAAAUUAGAGUAGACGAAUUGCGAGACGAUAACAAAGUCCUUCUAGAUACUAGAGAAAUGCUCGAGACUCAAUUGGCAAGGGCAAGACAAAGAGGGGAUCAUGUGCUGGACUUGGAAGCUGAAUUAUUGGGCGCCAAGCAAGCUAUUAAUGAUAUUUUACUGGAAAGAGAUGCAGCAAAAGAACGAAUCCAAGAACUUUUAGACGAAAAUCUUCAGCUCCAACAACUGACGAAAUCCGCUCUGCAAGAAUCCAAUUUUCCGAACACCUCCAUGGAAUCGGACUUAGAGGAAUCGAACUCCGGGGAUAACAGUCUUUCCGAGCAACUGACGAGCAACGCGCAGGCGCGUGCUUUGAAAUUGGAAUUGGAAAAUAAACGUUUAUUAUCCGCCAUCGAUGCUUUAAAAGAAAACAGUUUUAUAGAGAGCGCUAGCAAGAUACUGGAAUUGGAGAAGGACAAGAAAAAGUUAUCGAUACGAUGCGAAAAGUUAGAAGACAAAUUUAAAAGAUUGACGCAACAAAAUAUCGAGUUGGAGAAUUUAUUUAAGAACGCCAUACAGGAAACGAGGAAAUUGCAGGAUUCUUUGGACACUCAAAAGGUCAUAUCCGAUAGACAAAAUACAGAAUUAAGCAACGAACGACUGCGCAUUACCGAAAUGGAAAACAGCAUCGAACACAUAACCAAAGAAAAACAAAGAGUUCAACUUUUAUGCGAUACCAUCAAAAAAAGAGCCGACGAUGCGGAAAAAACAAUUUCUGAUGUCUCGGAACAGCUGCUCAAUCUACAGACCGAGUCAGAAAAAUGGAAAGAUUUCGAAAAGUCCAGCAAUACUAUGAAGAACAAAGAAGAAACUUUAGAGAAAGAAAAUGCAAAUAUGACCAAGGAGAUCAUAAAACUCAAAGAAGUUUUGGAGGCUAAACAUGUCGUUUUGGACAACCAUUUAGAACGAAUAACGAAGCAAGAAAACGAUAUUAAAAGACUAACGACGGAAAACAAAAAUUUAACUACACAAAUCGAAAAGUUCCAGGAAUUUGGGAUAAAAGCGCAGGAGUUGAUUUGUCAAUCUUCAAUAGACUCCGAAACUAUUUCGACUUUACAAAAAGAUCUCGUUAAUGCGAAAGUCACUAGCGAGAAAUUGAAAAACAAUUUAGACAAAUUGGGUUUGAGUGUCGAUAUUUUAGAUAGCGAUGUUUCCAUUGUCGUAGAGAAAAUUAUUGAUAAUAGCGAAAUAUUGAAAAUAAUUGGUCCUAUGGUAAAAGAUCGCCUGUGUGAUACAGAUACAGUCAAAGAGAACGUAACAGAAGACAGAAACAACCAAUGCGAAAAAAUAUUAAAUGACCUUUCUUGUUUACAAAAUUCGAACGACGUUCUUCAAAACGAAAACGCGACCCUAAAGGUCAAUGUGUCGACCCUUAAAUCUCAGAUUAGUUCGUUACAAACUCAGCAAACUGCACUUCAAUUGGCUAAUAGUCAGUUAGUAGCUGAAAAAGAAGAGUUAUAUAAAAAACAACAAAUUCAAAACACACAACACGACACCCUGCUCUUGGACCAAGUAACUCUUCGGACUCUGCACGAACAAUUGAGUUUGGAAUACGAAGAAGCCAAACAGGAGCAAGAAAAUUUAAAAAAGACCGCCAGAGAUUUGAGAUCGGAAAUUAGAACACUCAAAGAAAAUAACGGCAAUUUGGAGAGCAAGAUAAUAGACAUCGAGUCUGAAAAGGAGGUUUUAAAAACCGACGCGAAGAGUUUGGGGAAUUUAAGAGCUGAACAUUCGAAAUUAAAAGAUGACUUUAGAAAUCUGUUUACCGCCAGCGAGCGAUUGAAACAAGAAUAUAAGGCUGUUCAAGAUGAAUUGAAAAGUUUAAGAACAGAAUCCAGAAACUUAAGAUUGGGCCGAACUGAAAUGCAAGGAGAACUGAAUUUAAGAUCGUAUAAAAUGGCGAGUUUGCAAUUGGAGAAUGCCAAAUUGCAACAAAAAUGUGAUAUGUUAUUUGAGAUGAACCACUCUUUGGACUCGGAUAGACGUGCACUGAUGGAUCACGUUUCGCAGUUAUUAUCCCAAUAUCAUUCUCUGUUGACUCAUUCAUUGGAAGAUAAGGAACAUUAUCAUAUCGAAGAAAAACUGUAUACAGACAAAGUUAAUAAUUUGUGCAGGCAAAAGGAGAAACUGGAAGAAAAAAUCAUGGAGCAUUAUAAGAAAUUGGAUAAUGCUUCUUCUAAAAAAAAAGGAUUCGGUGCUACUUUAGUGAGAAGAGUCAGAAAAGCUGGUUCUGAUAUAAUCAAUAAGGUUCCUAGUAAGAACCGACGUUCCUGGCAUGAAGAUACUACAAGACUUACGCAAUCCCAACUUACCCUCAUGAACGAAGGAUCAGGAGGUGAAUCAAAUGGUAACAAUACUGAUAACAGUAAUGAAGAGUCUGUUCCGCAUCAACAGGAACCUUUUAAGCGCAGCGUUUUAGGUAGUGGAGGGAGUUUGCAUGGACAUAAACCUAGAGACGAAGUCGCUAUGCGGAGAUCUUCCUACAAAGAUUCGGGAUCUCAAAGGAAUAGUAUAGCAGGUGACCAAAUAUUCGUACAAGAUACGAACAUCAGUCUAGGUUCGGUUGGCACUCGUCGCACGGUUUACCUAUCCGAAGAAGACAGCAGUCCUGUACCCCCAUCGCCGCAAAACAAUGGAAUAAAUACGAACCCUCCACCUUUGUUAGUUUACAAUAAAAUAUCUACCAUCAUUGGUGAACAUCACGAGGCACGUACCUCCCCGCAACCGCAACAUUCUGAAGAAAACACUAAAGAAUUGUCCAACGGAGAAAAGGAGAAAGUUGGUAAAAAUGCAAAGGAGACUGCCGUUUGGUAUGAAUAUGGCUGUGUCUGAAAAAUUAAAAAAGAUCAAAUGAAUUGUAUCUUAUUAACGAAAGUUAUUCUGGCAUUCGUGGGAAUCCCGUAAUGAAAUACUGGAAAUACUUUUUAUGUCUAGAGAUUUAAAAUGUACAAUAGAUCUCUGAUUUUAGUUAUGUUGUCAUAAAUUGGCUUCAUUAUUCAUUUUAAUCCCACCAAAACAAGUAUUUUUUCUUAAUAAUUUAAAAUAUUAGUAUUUCCUAAACUGUAUAAAAUUUGGCCACAUUAUGUCACUGAUAUUGUAUAGUACACUAAAAUAUUUAUUUAUGUACCAAGCCAGCAAAGUGAUUCUUUAUCGAACUAGUCUGAGAUAUGAACCGAGCGAGUUCGAUAAAGUCACUGCUGACGUGGUCCAUACAAACUUUUAUCGUCAACCGUAUUAUAAUUAAUAAAAAAGGAUAUUAUAACAUCACAUUUUAGUAUGACAAAGUAAACAAACAAAAAAAUAGCAGCGAAUACAAAACAAAUCAGUUACAGACUAUUUCUGUCAGACGUUCAUGGCAAUGUUGAUAAAUAUUAGCGGCAGAUAAAAUAUUUGAUUUUUACAGUGAGAUAAAGUGUUUGUUUACUUCCUCAAAUCGCUAUGGUAAUGCAUGGCUUUAUUGACGGUUGGCGAUAAACCUAAUUAAAAACCUCAUCUUUUUACUUCAUAGUAUAUAUUCAUCUCAUGCCAAAACUGUACCAGAAUUAUUGUAACCGCCAAAAAAUAUUAGAUAAAAAACGAAAUUGUGAUUCAAAACGUAAUUGCCUUAUAGUGAAAUUUAAAAAUCGAAGCAGGUAUAUUUUAGUAAAGACAUAUUGACUGGUGUACGAUUUAUUAAAACCAUUCAAAUUUGACAUUAUGAUGAACAGUGAGGGGUUUGAGAGAUAUUAAAUAUCCCCAAAUAGUCCAGGAGGAACCCCGAGCAUUUUUAAAAAUGUACUGUUCAGAAGCUCAGUUUUAGGCUAAUUCUAUUUUAAAUUUUCUUUAACCUCCUAGUUUUUUUAGUUUGUAACAUAAAGUUAUAAGUAACCUUAAAUUUGUAUUAGAUUUAAAUCAUUGUUUAGCUGAACAAAACUUUUUAAAUAUUAACAAACAAAUCCAAGGGAAGCUGACAAUCUUGUAGAAAUUUUGAACAUUUUAGUUCUUGAUUUACUUGUGUACUUAAAACUUUCGGGGGGUGACAUGUCCCUAUGACCCCCCCUGGAUACGUUUUUGUUAUUGUUAUUUAAUAAAAUUUAAUAUUGGCUAAUUAAUUUUUAAACUUAGAUUAGAAAAAAGAGGAAAAAUAAAAAAGAUAGAAUGUAUUACAUUUUGCAGGUAAAAUAUACAGUCUGAAUCCUAAGUUGAUCCCUUUUUAACUAUUAAAAUAAAUAACUUUUUCCAAAAAAUCAAAAAUAAGACAUACUAAAUUAAAAAUCUAAAUCCGAGCAUGGACUAAAUCCGAACGUUUAAAAUAUGAUAUAUUUUUAUCCUUUUUUUUUCGGAUUUUUAAUCUAUGAAUCGUGAUUUACUGUGUACUGGAUAUUGUAACUCAGUCGUGUGUUGUCUGAUUUCAAUAGUUUGUUUAUCUGAAUGUGAAAAACAUUUAAUUUAAUCGACGAAAGUUCGACACACAUUAUGAAAAUUAGACAGAACCUUUCGGAAUAAAUAAUUGUUUCUUUUUUUUAUUUAUUUAUUUUUUUUUUUUUUUUUUUUUUUUCGAAAAAGUUUUUAACAAAGUUGUUUAUUUUAAUGACUUCUACUUUUUAAGUAAUACAAUUAUGUAUAUUUAUUUCGUGAAAUUGUAUUGAAUGAGUCUUAAGGCGGCAGUUUAAACAAACCUAACCUAUUUAGAGUUCUAAGCGUUACAUAUCUAAGACACGAACCUUCUUUCAUAAGGUAUUUUACCCAAAACUAUUUUCUCUAAGUUCGCUCGCUAGGUGAAUAUAAGGUGAAAGCACUGAAUGAUAAAAACCUAUAAACGAUGCCAGUUUUUAUUCAAAUUCCGAUAUACCUUUAUUUUUUUUUUGUUGUAAUCGAAAUAGGCAUGGUUGGUACGAAACUAUUUAAAAAAUGCAAAUAAUAUUUUAAAGACAACAAAUAAUAACGGGAUUGAUUCGAGAAUACCUACUACAUUUAUUUUUGUGCAUAAUUUUUUAAUUCAAACCGUAAGUAUUGUAAAGACUGACUUUCUUACGGUAUUAGCAUUUUCUGAGUACCUACUUUCUUGUUAGUUUGUGCAACAAGAGUGGAUAGGUAUAAAGUGACCAAAUUAAACGGAGACGAAGUAUGAGCACAACGCCACAUAGGCGGAGUGUGAUACGAGCAAGCCACUAGAAAUUGUAUACUAUAUUUUUUUUACCAAUCACUGAAGAAAAUUUACAACAUUUUAAUAAGUACUUUAAAAGUUAUUAACAUAAAAUAACAAUUUUAAAUAUAUUUAACACAUUGAUUUGAAUUUCUGGAUUUUACUAAUUUAUAAAAUAAAAUUGGCUUUAACCCAGAUUGGAACCACGGACCUUUCGCAGGGGAACUUUUCAGUUAUACUUUCGGGCUGACAUCUUACAAUUAAUUUCCCCUUAACAUUUAUAACUGAAUUGGUUUUUGGUAAUUUUAUUACAAUUUAUUAAAAUGUACGGUUUCUUUAUAAUUAUUAACGAUGAAUAUACAGUGUAUAAUAGCCAAUUGAAAUAAAUUCAGUAGCUCAAUUACUGAGCAUAUUUAUAACGAAAUCCCGAAACAAGUCAAUUUAAGAUUAUAAAAUGAUAUCCUCCGAUGUGAAAAUUUCACCCUUCUUUCACCCCUCUUCGAAUAACAGUUGCAACGCCCAACUUUGUAAAUACCUCAUUUGAAAGGUAUCUUCGGUCUCUAUUCAAAAAUGCUGUGAUUUUCAAAUUUAUUGCAAAAAUUAAGAAUAAAAAAAUUAAUUCAUCUGAUCGACGAAAUUCGCUACCAACUUGUUAAACAAUUAAUAACUAAUAGAGUAUCGUUCUUGAUAAUAAGAAAGCAAGCAAAAAAAAUUUCAAUGGCUUUUUUUCGACGAAAUUUACAAACAAAAAAAACAAAAGUUAUCAACACUCUUCAUAGUUGGGCACUCUUAAUUCGUUCAAAACGCCUUAGCAACUUGCUGUGUGAUUGUAACCGCAUGACAUUAAUUGCUGUCAGUAUUGUAGAUACGUGUCAUUUUAAUUUAUUAACCUUACAGAUCAGAAACAUGGUUUAUUUAACAGAAAUGCAUAAAAUAACAAUUUUGCAAAUAAUUGGUUACGGAGAUAAAACAGGAACACACUUCGAAGUUGCUCGCCUAUUUCAAGUAACAAUUAUCCUUUUAGCUUUCCUAUCGUUACUAUACCGUCUCGCAAACAGUAGCAUAAUGAUGUGGUUUAUAGAUAAUUCGUUGACUUCUGAAGCAAGGGUUCAAGUUUCGGUAUAAUCGCUUUUUGUUUAUUAUAAUUAUAUAAACUCUCCUGGGGUGGAGGGUGAAGUAGGGGUAAGAUGAAGUUGGGCAGUUUGAAAUCCUUACAGGCGGGAUCUAGCUUUUAGUUUUUUCUAUCCCGUACCAUUUAGGCGCGGCAGAGAAAGAGGAGGGGAAGUUGGAGGAGUGAGGGAAGCUUUUUUUUUUAGUUUUUCGCGAACGUCUAUCCGUCCAUGUAAUAUUUUCCAUGUCGGUUCGAAAUUAAAGGGUACUUCAAUCAUAAAAAAUCAUAAUUAUUGUGGAUCAAUGUAUUUCAUGUAUCGAAAGUUGGAAAAAAAGCUCGUCAAUAGCUACUAAACAAAAAUUAAAAAAAGUUCACAAAAAGAAGAGAUCGUUAAAGAGGCAUUUGUAAGGAAUUUAUUGCUAAAAUAAUAUACAGAGGUGUUGCAUUUAAAACAAUUGAGUAAAUUGAACUUAAAAUGAGCCAUAUUUGACACAUUUCAAAACACUGUAUAAAAUUAACUAGUUCUAACAUUACUAUUCGUUAGCUUGGUAUCUUAUAAAUAAAGUCUGCGUUUUAAACAAUUUUGAAAAUUAUUGCUAACCUACCUAAAUUAGAAUAAUUUUAUUGGGGUCUGCAUCAUUCUGUAAUUUCACAAAAAAUUAAUUGCUUGGCAAACCUGUAAUAUUUUUUAAAAAUAUUCUAUGGUUGAAUACGGUAUUACUACAUCAUUCUAAAACUGAAAUAAAGUACAGUUUGUUUCAUUUAAAUAAUACACAUUUGUAUUUGUCAGGUUAAAAGCGCAGCACCCUGUAUAUCCAAAAAUGGUUUUAAAGUACACCUUUUUCAAAUGCAUAUAACUAUAAUUUGAAACUUGCUUGCAUGUCUAUAACACAAAUUGAAAUAUCAAGCAAUUACUCACCAAUAUACCUGCAUUAAGUUUUUUUAUUUCGCUGAAUAACCUUUUACACUGUGUGUCUUAAAUAUUGAGAUGCACAGCUUUUAAACUAAGAACUAUGUAUUUUUUCUUUUUAGUGUAGCUAGUUAAAAAUAAGAUAGCAGCUAAUAUAUGUUAUAACUAAAAUUCUUGCCUGAUUAAUAGUUAGAUAUUAAUGUGAAUUUUAUAUACUAGUGUAAUCCAAAAUACGAGUAGUUUUUUUAAUUUUUGAUACAAUACGUCCGUUAGUAAAAGUAAAAUUAUUAAAUGUGGGUGAUUGUUAAAUUGAAUAAAACAAUUUUUAUAUUUGAUGACUACUCAUCUCAUUUCUUAUUAGUCAAGCACCAGUGGUAUAGAUUUCAAACUUUCUGUGUUCCUUUUAUUUAUUUUCGAAAUGUAUAAAAAUUAGGUGAUAUCAAUACAAUGUACUAGAUAUAUACUUAAUAGUCUAUAAUGGGCAAUAAAAAAAACAAAUUUAAUUUAUGUAUUAACUAAUUUUUUUAUACCUACCUGUAGAAUAAACUCUGAAAAUUAAUUACUUUAUACAACAUAACGAGCAAUACAUAAUAAAAAAAAGUCUUAUUUGGAAAUUAAUAGUUUAACAAUUAUCAAACUUUCAUCCUGCUUUGCUUGAGUUCGCUCGUAGAUGUAGAAAAAGAAACGACACAGUAUCAAUAUUGCAAUUCACAGGUUGAGUGCGCUAUUUGACAAGGUCGAUACAGCAUCAUUUUCUCUCAUGCACAUGAGAGCGCCAUUUACUGUUCAUUCAAACACAAGCAAAGCAGGAGCAAAGGUAUGAUCUUCACAUCACUGUAUAUUUGCUGUUUUCAAGUCUUCCGAGUUUCUACUUAACAUAGUUUUAAGAUCUUCAGAAUUUAUUAAUAUUGAUUCUGUUUAGUUAAAUAUAUGUAAGUAUUAUUAUGUGUGAACAAAGUAAUUUUUUGUUAAUAUUUAUUUUUAAACCACCACUUUAUUUAAGUCGUUUAGGUUAUAUGAAUGCGCACUUUUUUGAGUAGCAUUUUGUACGUAUUUAUUUUUUUUACGAAUUGCACAAUUACAAUUAUUUUUUACUGAAUAA